UAAUAAACUUAUUUGAUAUUUCAUUUUUAGGAAAAUAAACUUACUACUGCUUCUAAUACAAUUUCAAAGAACACAAUGUCAAUGGAAGAUGAAUCAUUGGAUACUUUACAUGUAGAAAGUCCCAACAAGUCAACAUUAAGUAAACCUAUUAUUGAUACAAAUCGUGAUCCUUGUCAAGGUAAGGAAAAUGCAUAUUAUUUAUUAUCGAACGGUUUUGGUCCGUAUCAACCUAAAAAUUAUGAUUUUCCAAAACGUGGAGGUAGAAAGUUUCGAUCAGAAUGGUUCAUAUCUUUUCCUUGGCUAGAAUACAGUCCUAGUAAAGAUCCAGCAUAUUGUUUUUAUUGUCGUGCCUUCCCAUCUAAUAAAUCAGAUAUAACAUUUAUUAGCGAAGGUUUUCGUCAGUGGUCAAAGGCUUGUUUUAAAUCUUUUCCAAAGCAUGAACAAUCAGUACCACAUAAAGAAUCUAUUACAAAAAUAGCUGGAUAUAACGAAGCUAAAAAAUCUGGUAGUAUAAUCAAUAAAGUUAAUACACAAUAUAAUCAAGAAGUUGCUGAAAAUAGGGAAUAUUUAAAGUGUGUUUUAGAAACCUUGCUUUUCUGUGCCCGACAAGGUAUUGCCAUAAGAGGACAUAGAGAAAAUGAAGAGUCUCAAAAUAAAGGCAAUUUUCAAGAAUUAUUAAAUCUUCGUUCUAGAGAUAAUGAUAUUAUAAGACGUUAUUUUACUGAAAAAGAAAAAAACUUUCGGUAUGUGAGUGGUGAAUAUUUAAAUGAGUUUCUUGGAUAUAUGGCUAAUAUUGUUAUCAGAGAUAUUGUGGAUAAUGUGUUAAUUGCUAAUAUUUUUAGUAUAAUUGUUGAUGAAACACAAGAUUUAUCAAGGCACGAACAAGUUGCAAUUAUUUUAAGAUAUGUUAAUAAUGAUUUUUCCCCAAUUGAAGCUUUUUUAGGAUUUUAUAAAGUUGAGAGUACUGAUGGUUUAACACUUUCUUUAUUAAUAAAAAAUGUUCUUAUUUCUAAUGGAUUACAGCUUGAGUGUUUAAGAGGACAAUGCUACGAUGGAGCAGCAUCCAUGCGAGGUGCUUACAAAGGAGUCCAGUCAAGAAUUAAGGAAGAAAAUCCUUUGGCUUUAUAUGUUCACUGUAAUGCACACAUACUUAACUUAUGUCUUUGGAGAGGUACAGUAAAAGGAACUCGAGACCUUGUGGCCCAAUGUGGACCUUUAAAGUUUACUUGGUCGAGCAGUGAAGGGGCAUUUAUGGAACCAUCAAUUAACUUUUGUAAAAAGGCCAGGUUAGCUUUAACGCGUCUAUCUGCUAAAGAUGUAAGGCUAAGUGCGCGCAAUACUGGAGUAUAG